UAUAAAUACACACAUUACCAAAUCACACACUAUUAUCUAACUCAAACACUCUUCAAAUUCCUCUUUCAAUUUCUUCUCAAAAAUCUUUCAGGAAUUGGAUGGCAAAUAGGAAUUUGGAGAAAUUGGCAUCAAUUGAUGCACAGUUAAGACUUUUAGUACCUGGAAAAGUUUCUGAAGAUGAUAAGCUUAUUGAAUAUGAUGCUUUGCUUUUAGAUAAGUUUCUUGAUAUUCUUCAAGAUUUGCAUGGUGAAGAUCUUAAAGAAACGGUGCAAGAAUGUUAUGAACUUUCGGCUGAAUAUGAAGGAAAGCGUGAUCCAAAAAAGCUCGAGGAGCUCGGAAGUGUGUUGACAAGUUUGGAUCCAGGAGAUUCAAUUGUCAUUGCAAAAGCUUUUUCUCACAUGCUUAACUUGGCCAAUCUGGCUGAAGAGGUUCAGAUUGCGUAUCGAAGGAGGAUUAAACUUAAGAAGGGUGAUUUUGCUGAUGAAGCAAAUGCAACAACUGAAUCUGAUAUUGAAGAAACUUUUAAGAAACUUGUGCAUCAGCUUAAGAAAUCCCCUGAAGAGGUUUUUGAUGCACUCAAGAAUCAGACAGUUGAUUUGGUUUUAACUGCUCAUCCGACACAAUCUGUUCGUAGGUCUUUGCUCCAAAAGCAUGGAAGGAUUCGAAACUGUCUAGCUCAGUUGUAUGCCAAAGAUAUCACUCCUGAUGAUAAGCAGGAACUAGAUGAGGCUUUGGCUAGAGAAAUUCAAGCUGCUUUCCGUACUGAUGAGAUUAAGAGGACCCCUCCAACCCCUCAAGAUGAGAUGAGAGCAGGAAUGAGCUACUUCCAUGAAACAAUCUGGAAGGGGGUUCCUAAAUUCUUACGUCGUGUUGAUACAGCUCUUAAGAAUAUCGGGAUCAAUGAACGUGUUCCAUACAGUUCCCCUCUUAUUCAGUUUUCUUCAUGGAUGGGCGGUGACCGUGAUGGUAAUCCAAGGGUUACUCCUGAGGUAACAAGGGAUGUUUGCUUACUCGCCAGAAUGAUGGCUGCAAACAUGUACUUUUCCCAGAUAGAGGAUCUAAUGUUUGAGAUGUCCAUGUGGCGUUGUAAUGAUGAGCUUCGUGUCCGAGCUGAAGAACUCUAUAGAACAGCAAGGAGAGACGUGAAGCACUACAUAGAGUUCUGGAAACAGGUUCCUCCAACUGAACCUUACCGUGUGAUUCUUGGAGACGUGAGAGAUAAAUUAUAUAAUACACGUGAACGAGCUCGUCAUCUAUUAGCCCACGAGAAAUCAGACAUACCAGAAGAAGCAGUUUAUACAAAUAUUGAACAGUUCUUGGAACCUCUGGAGCUAUGCUACCGAUCUCUGUGUGAUUGUGGUGACCGUGUGAUUGCUGAUGGAAGCCUUCUUGAUUUUUUGAGGCAAGUGUCCACAUUUGGACUCUCACUUGUGAAACUUGAUAUAAGACAAGAAUCUGAUCGCCACACGGAUGUCCUUGAUGCUAUCACUCAACAUUUGGAAAUCGGGUCUUAUCGUGAGUGGUCAGAAGAGAAGCGCCAAGAAUGGCUUCUAGCCGAGCUUGGUGGCAAACGUCCACUUUUUGGCUCUGAUCUUCCUAAAACAGAGGAGAUUAAGGAUGUUUUGGAUACAUUUGCUGUUUUGGCGGAACUUCCAUCGGAUUGUUUUGGUGCUUACAUCAUUUCAAUGGCCACAUCACCUUCUGAUGUGCUUGCUGUUGAGCUUCUUCAACGUGAAUGCCAUGUAAAGAAACCAUUACGAGUGGUCCCACUUUUUGAGAAACUUGCAGAUCUUGAGGCGGCUCCGGCUGCCAUGGCUCGCCUUUUCUCAGUUGAUUGGUACAAAAACCGGAUCAAUGGUAAGCAAGAAGUCAUGAUUGGAUACUCUGAUUCAGGAAAAGAUGCUGGACGAUUUACUGCUGCAUGGCAGCUUUACAAGGCUCAAGAAGACCUUAUUAAGGUUGCAAAGGAGUUUGGAGUUAAGCUUGUCAUGUUCCAUGGGCGUGGUGGGACUGUUGGUAGAGGAGGUGGUCCCACCCAUCUGGCUAUCUUAUCCCAGCCCCCAGAAACUAUUCAUGGGUCUUUAAGAGUCACGGUUCAGGGUGAGGUCAUUGAGCAAUCUUUUGGUGAGGAACAUUUGUGUUUUAGAACACUUCAAAGGUUUUGUGCAGCCACCCUCGAGCACGGGAUGAACCCCCCAAUUUCACCACUACCUGAAUGGCGUAAACUUAUGGACGAAAUUGCAGUUUUGGCAACAGAACAGUAUCGUUCCAUUGUAUUUCAAGAACCACGAUUUGUCGAGUAUUUCCGCCUUGCCACCCCAGAACUGGAGUAUGGGCGUAUGAAUAUUGGAAGUCGCCCAUCAAAAAGAAAACCAAGUGGUGGAAUCGAAUCACUCAGAGCUAUUCCAUGGAUCUUCGCAUGGACUCAAACCAGGUUCCAUCUUCCUGUUUGGCUCGGGUUUGGGGCAGCGUUCAAGCAUGCCAUUCAAAAGGACAGCAAGAAUCUUAAAAUGCUACAAGAAAUGUACAAAACCUGGCCUUUCUUCAGAGUCACUAUUGAUUUAGUUGAAAUGGUGUUUGCUAAAGGAGACCCAGGCAUUGCUGCACUGAAUGACAAGCUCCUUGUCUCAGAAGAUCUAUGGUCCUUUGGAGAAUUGUUGAGAGCAAACUAUGAAGAAACCAAGGAUUAUCUCCUCAAGAUUGCUGGUCAUAAGGACCUCCUUGAAGGUGAUCCCUACUUGAAACAGAGACUUCGUCUCCGUGAUUCAUACAUCACAACCUUGAAUGUAUGCCAAGCUUAUACUCUUAAAAGGAUCCGUGAUCCAAACUACCAUGUGACAUUGAGACCUCAUAUCUCCAAAGAGUAUGAGCCAAGCAAACCGGCUGAUGAGCUUAUCCACCUGAACCCUACUAGUGAGUAUGCACCAGGUUUGGAGGACACACUCAUCUUGACCAUGAAGGGUAUUGCUGCUGGAAUGCAGAACACCGGUUAAGUGCUCAUCACAAAGUGCAAGUACUUUGCCUUUUCACACUUUUGGACAUUGAAAAGGCAGUGUCAUGGACUCACGGCUAUGUUUACAUGUUUUCCAGAGUUUUUUUUUCUUGCAAUCUCGCGGAUGAUGUUUAAGAAAAUCAUGUUUUGUACUUCACCAUUUCUGCAUUGCUGAAGUUGUACUAUAUGCACCAUCGAUGAUGGUUUAUCCAAUAAAUAAAGUACUUAUGUUCGCAUUUA